AGCCGUCUCCAUGCCCAAACAGGUCAUUAACUACAACAUCACAUUCCAUUUCUCAAUUUUCAUUCUCCUGAUUGUUUGUUCUUCAAAAGUCCUUACUUUUUCUUGAUGUGCUACUACUUCUAACUAGGCUUGGAAUUGCUAUUCAGCCGUUCUUGUACAGCUAGUCGUCAAAGAGUCAUCAAUCUGUUUGAUUUAAGUAUCCAUAAGCGUCUACGUCAUUACUUUCUUUUCCUACUGCUUGUGCUAGCGUCACUUACAUUAUAAGCAGAUAGCAAUAUAAUUAGCAUUCAUCUUGAUCCACGAUCGUUCUCUCACUUGUUCUUCAAAACAUACGAAUAAACGCAAAAACUCCAUUACACGACAAAAUGGCGGACGCGACUGCCCCUUGUGUCGUUAUCGGAGGUGGUUUGGCUGGCAUGGCUGCCGCGAGUACGAUCCUGGAGAAUGGUGGGAAUUACGGCAGUAGUGGUAGUAAUAAUUCUUUUUCGUUGACGUGGACCACGUUUUCUAAUUGUACUACUUCUCGGGCUCUUCAUGAUGUUGAUACUUCUACUUGAGAAAGUCAUGAACAACUUGAACACUUCCUCUUCUUGGGUUCUGCAUCGUCAUCAGAGCUAGUUCUUCUUCGGAUGAAAUCAAGUAUGUAAUUAUAAAUACUUCGGGUUUGAGUACUAGAUUAUAAAUAAAUCUUCGGGUUUAUUCGGGUAGAAGUUUGAGUACAAGAACUAGUUCUUCGUCCUCUAAGCAAAGGUAGUCUUGUUGGAGAAAUGUUCCUCUUGCGGUGGCAACUCUGUCAAAGCGGCUUCUGGUAUCAACAUCGUAAACACGCAAGCUCAGAAGGAUCAAGGCAUUGAAGACAGCGUCGAACAGUUUAUUUCGGAUUGUGUAGCGGGUGGCGCUCCAAGGAAUUAUUCUUCGACAGACAAACUGAAGAUUUUGGCCGAGAACAGUGUCCCGGAUUGCGACUGGCUGAAAAAGGUGUUCAGCGUGGAUUUGUUCUCGGCGAAAGUAGCGCGUCUGGGUGGCCACUCGGUUCCGCGGACGCACCGUAAUGCACCUACAGCUACAGGAGAGAGUCAACAAUUGCCAGGCCUGGCCAUCACUUCCGCUUUGAUCAAAAUGGUCGAGAAAAUCGCACAAGAAUCCAAGGGGGAAAAAGCCAAGAUCAUCACUAAUGCCAAGGCCACGGAACUUAUCUUCGAAAACGAGGAAAAAGUAACUGGCGUCAAAUACGAAAAGGACGGGGAAACGGUCAAGCAGAUGGGAGCUGUCAUUAUCGCCACAGGCGGAUUCGGAGCGGACUUUUCUAGCACCACGGGUUGCUUACUUGAGAAAUAUCGACCAGACUUGCUUUUCGACCCCACCUCCAACGGCGAGUUCGCGACUGGUACUCUAUUCAAGUGUAAUCCUCAUGUUGUUCAUUUUGUCAACAUAAGAUCAUAUUAAUGUUGUUCGUGGCUAAGUAAAACAACCGGUUAGUUUUCACCUCUACGGGGAAAUCUAAGGCAGAUCGUCGAGUAGAUUAUAACAUCAUCAGUUUUCACCUCUACAAACUUAGGCUUAUCCCGUGCAACAAUAUUGUUGAUGGCAGAGAUCCACCUUUUUUAUUAUUUUUACUGCUCCUAGGAACAAAAAUUUCUUCCAGAGUUAGAUAGAAUUAUAUAAGAGCUACGCCUACGAUUUAUAUUUACCUUGUUGCAUGAGUAUGACUCAUUAGAAUUGAAGCGAAACGACGUUCCUCUUGACUAACUCUAUUAACAUGGAGAUGACCUCCACGUUGACUACAAAAUGACCUCCACGUUGAAUUUGACGUGAUGACAUUGACACUGACGUGAAUUGGCAUUGACUUUGGCAUUCACUUUGGCAUUGACAGGAGACAUUGACAUUGACAGGUGACGGCAUCAAGAUGGCUCUGGAGAUCGGUGCUCGUACUGGCGAUCUCCACCAGGUCCAGUGUCACCCAUUAGGUUUGAUCAACCCCAAAGACCCAGAUGCUAAGGAAAAGAUGGUGGCGGCUGAGGCCCUUUGCGGUGCUGGUGCCCUCAUCUUCGACAAUGGUGGGAAGCGGUUUGUGAAUGAGUUGGGUCCACGAAAUUACAUGACGAAAACGAUGCAGAUGAACUACGAAACUCCUUUGCGUCUAUUGAUCAACAAAGUACUAGUCGGUUUCUUCUUCACAUUAUACAUAGACCUUAGGCUGAGAUGCAGAUGACAUCUUUCACUUUCCGUCUGUUGAUUAACAAAUGAGUACUUCUUACUUUUUUUUGUAUAUAUAAAGAAACAUGAUCAGUAGCUUCUUCGUCUUCAAGAUAUUAACUACAGCUUGAUCACUGAUUGAAGAUAUUAACUACAUACUCUAGGCCGCUUCCGAGGAGAUGGAGUUCUAUUGUAAGUAUUACACUGCAAGCGGACACAUGAAAUUUUACGAGAAUGGUGCGGCAUUGGCUAAGGAAUGGGGCGUUCCGGUUGAAACAUUGGCUGAAGUCCACGAAGCUCACUACCAGGCUGCCAAGAAGCAGGAAGAAGACCCAGAAGGCGGAGAAUUUCCAGCUUAUCUUAAGGCAUGAUCUUUCUUGUUGAGAACACACACAGAGCACAAAAAAAAUACUCCUUCAACUAUUUUUUGUUCGGCGACGACACUUUAUUUCUAAAGGGAAAGAGGAAGAUGAGCUGCAGGAGCACCUCCCCUGUCCUAUCAAGGAAGAUGUCUCUCAUCAUUCAAGAUGAGUCAUUUACGCAACUCUCAUCAUUCAAGAUGAGUCAUAACCCACUUCAUGUUCAUAAUGACAUUUUUUUACGCAACAAGCUAACAAGCUCUAAUGAUCCCGAUGGCCAAUCAUGGGACAAGCCUUCUGGUUCCUGGGGUGUUGGCGACAAUGCCAAGAAGUUCUAUGCCAACGUGAUUCCUGGAGAAAAAUUUGCUGAAGAGCCGUUCUACGUUGCUACCAUCACUCCGGAGGUUAUUCUUAAGGCUUAGCAUUCACAUUAAAGACGUCUUAUUAAAGGUCCUUUCGUGUUCAUACUAAAGGCGAAGAGUAUUCGGGGAUUUUUAGUAUUCUUUUUUAAUAGAGUACUAUUGAGGGAAUUUGAUCCAUGAUGGAAUCUUCCACCCAUCUUAGUUUUAUAUUUAUAUAAUUCUGGAAGAUGCUGGCAUUGGGGAGAACUAUGGACAUAUGCAGAGGAAGAACUGCAUUGAUAUUUUGCAAGCUCUAAUAUUUACUACUGCCUGGGCGGUCUGGAGUGUACGACUAAUGCGGAAGUCGGCGGCAACAUUAAGGGUGAGAAAGUGCCAAUCCCUUUAUGGUCAGCUUUUAUCCAUCUUUUUCGACAUCUUCUGGAUACCUUUUCUCCCCCUGUAUUUUGCUCAUGAAAUACAAGAGGAAAGGGACCAAGAUGAGGGGGCCGAGAUGCAUUCUAGCACACGCUAAUCCCUGGCCUCUACGCUGCUGGGCAGGUGAUGGGAGGGAUCCACGGCAAAAACCGCCUGGGUGGAAACGCGCUUCUCGACAGCCUUGUCUUUGGACGUAUAGCGGGAAAAGCGUGCGCGAAAUACACGCUGGGGGAGGAAAACUUGAGGGAAACGGAUUUGAAGGUACUUCAUAUUACGCAUCAUUUUUAGAGGAAUAUAGAUCGUGCUUCAACAGUCUUCAUGAAAAAUAUGUUUAAAGGAAUAAAAGUUGUCUACUCGUCUGACAUCGCUCUUAAUAUGUUCAUAAGUAGAAGCUAGAGCUACAGCUAGUAGUGCACCCCCUUGUCCUAGUCCGUCUAAGGAGAACAUCAAGGAUUCAACAUGAUCUUCUACUGAGUCUAUUCUUGACAGCUACUUCUCAUCAAGAACUUCUCAACGAGAACUCUCUCAUUUUCCAACUUCCACUUUGCAGGUUUUGUCUGGCGCCAUUCCCAAGACGGCGAAUGCGACAGGUGAAACGAAGACAGCGGUUCCGCGCAAGGCUGGGUGCUGCCCUAAGAGAGCUGCCUAAAAACAGGAACAAGGGUGCUUUCCAAGAGUCGCCAAUGGAAAACGACUUUGGAAUGGCGAGAUGGGAACGACGUGGCCGUGGAGUUGUUUCGUUCUUAUAUUAAGGGUAGGCUAAAGGUGCUUUUGUUACCGUUUGUUAUGGCUCUCCUAAGGGGGACAGCCAUAACAAGCGGGAUAAACGAACGCCAAGAAUAUAACCUACGUCUAAUUAUAAUACAAGACUUUGGAAGAGUCGGCUCGUCAACAGCAGAGUGCACUUGUAGUUGUUUAGUUCAAGAUGUGGACUACCUGUAUUUCAUUGAAGCUGCAUAAAUGGUUUACCUUAUUACAUGAUACGAUGCCACUCUAUAACAUAACAGAACCUGCACAAUAGCAUUUCUAGACUUUUAGUCAUCCACGCGUGAUGAUACCUCAUCGUGAACAUGAUGCGCAACAUGUCAUAUUCUUUGUUGAUCUAUACAAAUUUAGCGAGAUUUUGUCGCUUUCGUGGACUAGUACUAACUUUUUUUAGCUGGACCGACUGUACGCAUAAUGUGAACGUUCUGCUUUGCUGCAUAGAAGUUAACAAGUGUGGUCGCUAAUGGCGGCAUAGUUGCAUUUGAUCUUGCAUUUACGGACGAUUUUGAGACAGACACUAGAAAAAUAUGAAAAGUCGCGGGUUGUUUAUAAACAUGAAUAGCUACUAAGAACCAGUAAAGAGCAAAGUUGCAACUUUACUCUUUGUCUUUUUGGUUCUUUUCGAAAUUACGAAGCGGAAGAAGAAGAUGAUUAUAAUUUGAACUUCUGUAUGUGUAUGAUUUUACGCGAAAAUCACAAAGACAGAGUCAUCAAAGAUACUUCAAAUACAACUAACGCAUAUUGAACUGAAGACAAGAAUCGACGUUGUGCGGGCAGCCGCACAGGAAAAGACCAUUGUGUGGUCGAGGAUGCCACAACCAGGAAAUAGCCAAUUUGCAAUUUUGAUCUUGUUCUGCUUCUGAGGAGAUGCAUACUUGUAAGAGACUAACUGAGUGUUUUUCUCGACGAGAGACGAUGGAAGAUGCUGGUACUAGCGUCUUGAUAUACGACCGUGAGUUAAAA